AUGGCUGGUCAAACUCACAGACGCUCUCGCAACGGAUGUGGGACAUGCCGAACGGCCCGUAUCAAAUGCGACGAGGCGCGCCCAUUCUGCAAGCAGUGCGAGCGCCGUGGUAUUCCCUAUCUCGCCUUCAUUUGGAAGGAGAACUCUAUCCUUCUCCCAGCUAUUUUGGCCGCCGGGUCUUCUCACCUCUAUGCUCUUGGGAAAAUCAGACAAGCGGAAGUACUCGAGAGGAAGCAAAAGGCGCUCUCCACCAUGGUGGCCUGCGUGAAACAGCCAAGACCAAUCUUGAGCGGCCAGGGCCAGAACCAGACGUCAUUCCCAGUGUAUCUAAGUGAAGAGGCAAUCGCAGCAUCAUCAGCGCUGGUCGGCAUGGAAAUCAUGCAAGGAUCACGGACACCGUCAAUCGUGCCUCUUCUCCGAGGCAUCAGAGCGCAGAUUGAAGAGAGAGAAAGGGCACGGAAGCGAGCGGAUACAAAUUGGCAAAUCGAUAAGGAUACCCCGAUGAUGGCGGUGAACGUCAAGAUGAUUGCUUACAUUGACACGCUUUGCUGUGUGCCAUGCGCGGCACACCCAGUCUUUGACCAGCAGUCCUGGCAAGAUUUCAUCCUGCCAAAGUGUCCACAAGACUCUCUGGAUAGUGGCCCAGACAUCGUUUUCGGAUACUCUAGGCGCAUCUUGCCCCUCAUAGGCGCAGCAGCUUCGCUGGUCGACGACUUCUUUCGCAAAACGAUAACGCCAGAGGCCUUUGUCUUCUCCCGCUAUCGCCUGCUAGAUCAACUUGAAUCAGCUUGCCGAGAUCUGCCUGCCGCGCAGCAUCAGCCGGACGCAGAGACCGACCCGUCGGCCCCGUCGACGAGCAUCAAGAUUCGAGAUUCCAACGCUUGCAUCGCGGCUGCUCUCGCCCACAGCCUGGCAACGCAAAUCUUCCUGGUCCGCGCGGACGAGGGCGACUCGAGCACCGUCAGGGCGGAACGUCCUACAAAACACCCCCAGGCCCUGGUCGAGCAGCUCUCCGGCGCCGUCGCCGCGGUUCCGCUCGAUACCCAUGCCGCAACCAUGAUGGUGUGGCCCGUGUUUGUGCUCGGCUGCGAGAGCAUGGCGGUGAGCUCGAGGCGGCACGCAGUAGAAGCCCUAUUCGAGAGAAUCAUUGACAAGCAGAAGCUUCUCAAUAUCUCGGUUGCUCUCCAGCUUUUGCGGGAAAAUAUGUGGAAGAUUGGUGGUGUGGCGGCACGCGGUUCGAGCCCUGCAAGAAGUUUGUCCCCUGCAAAAGAGCCGUAUCGAUAUACGCAAAGUGAAUGGGUCAAGAUGUGCUGGAAAGAGCGACUGCAACUUUGUUCGGCUUAG